AAUUUUUCUAGGGUUUAGAUGCAAGUGAACACAUAUGAUGAAUAUGUGGCAGAACUCUUAUCAGUGAAGAAAAACUAUGUCGAGCAUGAGGAAAGGAGAAGAUAACAUCAUCUCAUAACCUAGUCAUGAUAAUAUAAGUAUUUGCCUUGUUCAGUCCUUGGCAAAGAGAGCUGAUCCCUGUCACUUUGACACAGAGAACUGGUCUUUACCAUCAGCAUGAAGACAACAGGUGUCUUUCUCCUCAUGGGCUUCCUAGCUCUUUGGUCAGAGAUGACAAAUGCACUUAGUCAUAGAAAAGAAGACCCACCUGGACAAAAAAUUAAAGAGAAACCUGGAUCCUGCCCAGUUUUUGAAGUUCAAUGUAGAAUGCUCAAUCCCCCUGAUAAAUGUGAUCAUGAUUCUCAAUGUGAUGGACCGAAAAAAUGCUGCAAAGGGAUAUGUGGGAAAGACUGCUACUCUCCAAAGUUUGAGAAACCUGGAUCCUGCCCAGUUUUUGAAGUUCAAUGUAGAAUGCUCAAUCCCCCUGAUAAAUGUGAUCAUGAUUCUCAAUGUGAUGGACCGAAAAAAUGCUGCGAAGGGAUAUGUGGGAAAGACUGCUACUCUCCAAAGUUUGUUUAAAUUCUUCCUUCACCGAUGAACACUCAGCAACAACAACAUUACCUUGACACUAAAAUAUUUCACCCAUGGAUGGUUGGAAGCCACUUGGAAGGUAUUAAUCAACUUCAGGAGAAGAAUCCAUCAGAAUAAUGCAUUUACUAGCUCUCCAGAAGUAAUGCAUCAAUCCAUCUAGCCACAAAAUAGUACUCUGUGAUUGUCAAACUGUUCUCUAAGUAUUUGACCUUGAUUGGUAUAGGAAAAAAUAUAUAAACUCUUGAUUACACUCUCCAGCUUCUAUACGAGCAAGCAUUCCAUAUCUAGCUAAUUCAUCAAUACCUUUGCACCAUACAGAUAAGCAAAAGUCAUAAUGUAGUAUUUUGUUGGAACCAAAUCAAAGCUAUUUUCUCCAUUUUGUGUUUGUAAUGUCAGCAAUAACACAUUCUCCCUUUUCCUUCAUCUUUAGCUUCCUUUUAAAAAUAAUUGACAUUUGAUUUUGGAUUGUGUAGGUCAUAAAUGAAGACACUCAUUAUAUAUGUGUCAAAUAGUGCACACGUUAGACCCAUAUAGUGCAAAAAUCAUUCUGUACAUUCCAAACAGAACUCAUUCUAUAAAUUAAACCUUCAAAGAAUUAAAAUGAUAUACAGGUUAGGAUGCAUUCCUGUUUUCAUUACCUACCCGACAGUAUGUUUCACUAAUUUCUUUCGUGGGACUUAUUCCACUAUUGAGGACUACACGCUACACAUUUUUGUGUCUUGGGAGAGGGUAAAUGUCUUUUUGUGAAAGGAAAUGCUGUUUUUGCUUGAAAGUUUAAAUGUUAUUAUGGUUUUAACUGUCUACCUGUAUACAGUUGGGGUUUCAUGAUUUUUUAAAUCAAUAAACAGUUUGAUCCAUCA